AUGACGAGCAAGAUGGAGCUUCUGGAGUGUCCCAUGUGUGACUUCACCGUGCUUCAGAAAGAUGACUACAUUCUCCAACUACACUUUGAGCAAGUGCAUACCGAGAACUCUCCUUUCGUGAUAGAAGACGACCCAGAACCGUUACCCCCUUCGUUGCCCCUCAGGCCUUCCUCGCUCCGCCACGACACUGAGGACGCGCCUUCCUCCGACGACUCGGAAGAGGAGGAAAGCACUACAGUGUGCCCUGACCCCAACUGUGGUGAAGUCGUUCCUCUCUCCGACUUCAACGACCAUCUCGAAUACCACAACGCAGAAACUUUAUCAUUUGACGAGACUACAGGAAAGUAUCAUUCUCAUCAUUCAUCCGCUACUAUGCAAGGCUCGACCUCAUCUCGUCGUUCCCAUGCGAGUCAGGCAAGGACCACAACAUCCGAGCGAAGUUUCAGCACAGACUUGUCAGAUGCUUUGAAGAGGACUGAUGCUCACGGCCGCAAAUCGAAGAAGCACCCACAUCGGCAUCGGCGCGACAUCGAUGAGAGCGAGAAGAGUACCAUCGGAAGGAGUAUUCUAGGCUUCAAUCCUUUUGCGAAACCCGACAAGUCCGUCAAGCCACCGAUCAAAAGUGCUCGGCUAGGUAAAUCCGAACUGGGACCCUACGCUUGGGAGAAUCGAAUGCCUAGGUGGCUGCACGAUCAGCUGGAUGCCGGCCCCAAGAUCACUGCCGUCAACCGCAUCGGCCGAGAUGGCCGCCUCAUCAAGCAUGAUCAGGUGCAGAACGAGACGCCGGGCAUCAUUCCCAUCCUUGCGCAACUAUCUGCUCUUGAUCGGACCGUGAAGGAAGCAUAUUACUGUCAUCCAUCGACACUCCACGUCGGUAAAACGCCAAGCGAAGGCGGCUUUUGCGGUUACCGGAACAUACAAAUGCUGCUGUCCUACAUCCAAGGGGCCAAGGCUCAAGGCUACGAAGAAUUCCCAGGACGGGUGCCGACUAUCCUGAAGAUGCAAGAUCACAUUGAAGAUGCUUGGGAUAAAGGCAUCAACUCAAUCGGCCGUGUCCAGACUGGUGGUAUACGUGAUACCAGAAAGUACAUCGGCACACCAGAGGCUCAAGCCUUUUUCCUCAACUCAGAAAUCAACUGCGCUGUCGAGCAGUUCAGCGACAAUAAAGAUCGCGCCAUUGCGGCUCACGAGCUUCUCCUCGCUGCCAUGGAACGAUAUUUUGCGCGAGCGGCUGCCAGCGACGGAUCCAAUGUCUCCAAGACUCUUCUACCGCCUAUCUACCUUCAGCAACCAGGACACUCGAUCAGCAUUGUCGGUUUUGAGCGCCGCUUUGACGGCUCAUGCAAUCUGGUCGUCUUCGAUCCCAUGUAUCUCACGAGUCCUGCGAUGCAUAAGCUGCUUGGUCGGAAAAGCAUCAGGACAGCUCGACCCGAGGUUCUGUACGCAUAUCGUCGCGGAGCUGGGAAGCUUAAGAAAUACGCUGCUUACGAAAUUCUGAUGCUCACUGCAUCACCGCCUUUGUUUCCCGCUUGGGAUGUACUUCGUCAAUUCCCCGAGUGCCGCUUCGUGUACGUCUUCUUCCGUGCACGCACCCUCGGAUACGACGUGUAUCCAGAAGACUAUUUCCUACGAAACUUUCCGUGGCAACAAAAGUAUCCUGGAUUCCCCACGCCCUUGUCCCCUACCCUGCCAGCAAAGGAGGCUUACCCUUCGCCUGCAUCUGACGCUGGAAACAGAGCUGCAACACCUCGCGCUAUGAGCCCUGCAAUGGGUCUCAUCGACAAUGUACUCUUGGGUCCUCAGCAGAUGCGUAACGGAUGCCGCACUCCAUCAGCAUCCUCGCAAGUAAUUACCGGUCUCGCGAGUCCUCCUGCCAGUCCAUCACGAUGUGUAUCUCCGCGUACGACCAUGCUGAAGAAGUUCGCCGGAAAGCAAGGUCACCAAGACCUAUCGCCAAAGUCCAUGCAGGACCUAAGGCUUGAACUCGAAGUCCAUCCCAGCGCUCGCAAUCACAACGCAUACCCAGCGUCUCCUCCUUCAUCUAUUCGCUCUUUCUCGUCAGCUUCCCACCGUCAGCCGGCAUCGCCUUCUUUUGCUAUUGCCAACGGCGUGGAGUCGGAGGCAACGUCGCCCAUUGAUCCCUCCGGUACCAUGCUCUUCUACACAUCUAAUCGCAGCGUCGAUUCAGGUCUGCUCGGCGUCUGCCCGCUUUCUGAACCCCAGGUCGCUGAAUACAGAUUCUGGCGUCCUUGCGGCCGGCGCAUCUGUGGGUUUGGAUGCGGAGGCGCGAAUGUAGGCGAGGCGGCAGCUGCAAAGCGGCUAUUCCGACAAGUCGAGGAGGUCAUACCCGAGGUGGAGAACGAGGUUGAUAACGACGAUGCAGGAAUGGCGCAGAGUGAAGAGCACGAGUAUGGUCUCGAUGGUCAGGCCGACAACAGUACGGGUGGUGCAGGUCAUGCCAAUGGAGACGGCAAGUUCAGCACGAGCACUUGGGCAGGUCGUCGACUGGUGAUGGACUGGAACCAGUUCUUGUCAGGCUGCGAGAGGGAUGGCAUCGCGCAAUUCUGA